GAUAACAAACACCUUUUUACAACUGCUCAUUAAUGAUUACUUGGUUUAUUCACACAUGUAUUGGACAUUAGUAUAUUGACUACAGUUCUCAAUAAUUUGAUUUAUUUCAUUACAUUCAUUACAGCAUGAAUGGCGGCGUAUCAAUACCUUCAUCCCUGGAUGCAUCUGGUUAUGAUCCUAUUGACCAUUUGAACACGAUAUUUUCCCAUCCUUCGACUUUGUCGUCUAUAGAUAAAACGGCUGCUGCUCUUCAAACCCAUCAGGAUGAGCUGUCAAAUAAUAUCGCGGAUCUCGUGGCCACUCAAGCAUACAAUGAUGAUUCCUCACUCAAACGAAUGCAGUCUGCAAAGUCGGAGCUCGCAGAUCUUUUUAAGAAGAUUGAAUCCGUACGGACACGGGCUAUACAAACAGAACAAACGAUCACAUCAAUGACCGCGGAUAUCAAGAGACUGGAUGGCACAAAGAAGAACUUAACCCUGAGCAUGACGGCUCUGAAAAGGUUGCAAAUGCUUACGACUGCUUACGAGCAACUGAGAGGUUUAGCCAAAACGAGACAAUAUCGAGAAUGUGCAAGUUUGCUUCAGGCUGUACUGCAACUCAUGAAGCAUUUCAAUAGCUAUAGGAGCAUAGACCAGAUUGCUACCUUGAGUAGGGGUGUUUCAGAGUUACAGAGAGAGCUAUUGGAGCAAGUUUGCGAGGACUUUGAGAUGGCGUUUGCUAAAGGAGAAGUGGGGAGCAAAAAGGCAGUGCUGGCAGAGUCAUGUCUGGUGAUGGAUGCACUGGGAGAUAACGCUCGAGCAAGAUUGGUGACGUGGUACGUCAAUACGCAGUUGAGGGAAUAUAGGCAGGUCUUCAGGGGAAAUGAUGAAGCUGGAAGCUUGGAUAAUAUUGGUAGAAGAUACAGUUGGUUCAGAAGAAUGCUUAAGACAUUCGAGGAUGAACAUGCGGGAAUAUUUCCUGCUGGGUGGAGAGUCAAUGAGGUCCUGGCAAAUGCCUUCUGUGAAGGCACUAGGGAUGAUUUCAAGGGAAUCUUGGAGCGGAGCAUGCGGCGAACCGACGGAAGUAGGAUAGACGUCAAUUUACUCUUGAGUUGCCUACAGGAAACUAUGGAUUUCGAGCAAAGUCUCGAAAAGAGAUUCGCUGCAGGGGCCAGAGCAAGCACUGAUACUCUCAGCUCACUCGAAGAUAAACCUCUGACAUUUCACGGAUCUAUUUCGGAAGCCUUCGAACCAUAUCUUAGUCUCUGGGUUGAUUCGCAAGACAAACAGCUCGCCACAAUGAUACCCAAAUAUCGAAUUCAACCAUUAUUAGCAGCUGACGAAGAGUUCUCUCCACAGGCUGUGAUUGCGUCAUCCAUCGAACUUUUCCAUUUUUACAAGACAUCCCUGGCUCAAUGUGCCAAGUUGUCAACCAGUGAACGACUUCUUGACUUCUCAAAGAUCCUAGCUAAGUAUCUCGAUCAAUAUGCUCAGCAGGUUUUACUAUUUUUCUUACAAGGAGCUGGAGGACCCAGUCUUGAGAAUACUAUCCUUGUUCUCAACACAGCAGAUUAUUGGCACGCAAACACUCAGCAAUUAGAAGAUAAUUUGAAACGGAGAAUUGACAGUGAAUUGGCACCCAAAGUGGACUUGUCGUCACAAUCCGAUACUUUUAUGGGUGUUGCCAGCGCAGCAGUUCUAUCAUUGGUAAACAGAGUUGAACUUGACUGCGAAGGAUCAUGGCGUGAGAUGAAGAAUACAAAUUGGAGUAAAAUGGAAAGCGUGGGGGACCAAAGCAGUUAUGUGGCAGAGUUAUUGAAACAUGUCAAUGAUCAAGCGGGGGAAAUACUACCCUUGGUGGGGAAGCAGCAAUAUGCGCGUGCAUUCUGUGAUAACGUUGUCGAGCAUUUGGCCAAUACAUAUAUCGCAAACAUCGUUCAAUGUCGACCUGUAUCCGAGGUAGGCGCCGAGCAGAUGUUACUAGACAAAUACGUCUUAACUAAAGGACUGACCACUUUGCUCUCUCACUCCCCCACUCCCUCUUCAGCCACUGCAAAUACGGCAUUUCAAAAGCGUGUGAAUAACAUAAUGGCUCGCCUGGACCCGCUCCUCAAGACGCUACAGGUCCGUCCCUCACCGCCAGAGGGACUGGUUCAAGCAUACCUAAUUCACAUCGCCGAUCGUAGCGAUACGAAUUUCCGGAAAAUUCUAGAAUUGAAGGGUGUCAGAAAGCAAGAUCAGGCUGCAUUGGUGGAAAUGUUUGGUAUGCACAGAGAUGGUAAGGCUAAUGAGCAGCUGGCUCAAAACUCACCUCUUCUCACACCACUUAUGAAUGUUGCGGGGCUUGGGAGCACGGGUCUAGGAAUUGGAACACCUGGUGGUAUGCCAGGAUUACAGACACGAUUUGACCCCGCAGGUUUUGGAGAAAAGUUAUUUAGUGCGGCUAGGGAUAGUAUGGGAUCUGGAGGGGUUGGCGAUAGAGGGGUAAGUCCUUUGAGCGAGGAUGCGAAGUCUGCCAUGGAAGGAAAUCUGAAGAGUAUUGGAAAGUUCUUUAGAAGGGAUAUGUCUGGGUUUGGUGGGAUGAACAUAGGGGGUAGGUUUGGUGCUAAGAGAGAUGGGACCAUAGAUGAUUAUGCCAAGCAGUAGACGGACGUUUAUGGAUGGACUUUAGAAUAAAACAGUCCUAUGGUAGUGUCAAUACAUCUCUGCAUAGUGAAUUGAAGAAAACAAAGAACUAGUCAGUCAACCAACCAUAGCUUGAGACUCGGGACCGGAUAAAGUCUGAUCUGAGUGCCAUCGCUUAGAUAGCAGCCAGAUGAGUCUAAGAAAUGAAAAACGAAGGGUUUGGCAAGAGGGAGGCUGCAAAAAUAUAACUUUGCGGUUAAAGAAAUCAACGCUGAGGCUCACACCGUGUCUGGGUUUGGAUUUACAACUGAAGAGUAUCUACACAUUAUUUAAUCGGGGGGAGGUGAUGCGUGAGAAUCGACAAGGCUGUAUAUACACUUAGUGCCUACCUCGUAUCGGAUAAAAUCGCAUGAAUACGAUAUCCAGUGGUAUCGCCGUUGCAUCUCGAAUGUGUUGGUAAUUGUUGAAGUCUAGAGUCUAGAGUCUAGAGUCUGGAAUGUAGAGUGUAGAAGGUAGAAACGCAAUGUUAUCUAAUCUGAUCUGA